UCUCCUGUGCUGUAAAAGGCCUGGAGGAUCUGCACUCUGCUGAAGUCUGUGUUUAUGAUGAGAACUGUUGGAGUGGGAAUUAUGUCAGCAGGAGAAUCUGUGCUCUGGAAGGUUCUUCAGUCAACAUCUCUAGUGAAUAUUCUUAUCCCAACUAUCAACCAACGUCUAAAUUAUGGCUGAAAAUAAAGAGAAGAGUGAAGGAAGACGUUAAAGAGCCACUUAAAGCUGAAGGUCGUGUGAAGUAUCAUGACAACAUGAAGAACCAACACAUCCUGACAAUCAGUAACCUGAAGAAGGAUGACUCAGCAGAAUACACAUUCACACUCCUAGAUGACCAUAGAUGGGUAUGGUCUGAUUCACCUGGAGUCACUCUGGUUGUCACAGGCCUGAAAGUGGAGUUGAGUCCUUCUGCAGUGGUGACAGAGGACCAGAGAGUCACACUGACCUGCAGUACCAGCUGUCCUCUGACUGACAACACAAACUACAUCUGGUUCUUCAACAGUCGACCUCUGACCCCGACAGAGAACCACAACAAACACCUGGUUCUGGACCCGGUCAGCAGUCAGCAUGCAGGAAACUACUCCUGUGCUGUCAGAAGCCACAACAACAUCAGCUCUCAUGUAAAGACUCUCACUGUCCAGAGUAAAAGAGGACAAUGGACACCAGCAGCAGCUGCAGGAGUCCGUGCUGCUCUCCUGGUUAUAAUACCCCUCUCUGUCUUCUGCUGGAUCAGAAAGAAGAGGACUUCAGGUCAACCUCCAACAACUGAAACCUACGUCAACAUGGAGCAGUUAAACCCUGGUCCUGUGUAUGAGGAGGUCUCAGCUCCACUAACAGAUUAGAAUCAUCUGGUCUACAGCAGAGUCCGGCCACAUCCAGAUCCAGAACCGGAUCAUGUGCUCUACGCUGCUGUGAACUUCAGACCCAACAGGACCACUGAGUGAACAUCUGUUGUCUUUACUGAUGAGUCCCUCUACUUUGUC